AUGGUCGAAAGGGAGAAGACUGCACUUUGCUGUUUCUCUGGAAACUUGAAAUCUGUCCUAAAUUGCGUAAUUGUUUUGAACGGACACGGAUGCAAGUGUAUUUGGGUGCAUGUGUAUGAACAGAAAUACGUCAUAAUAGGUAUUUGGCAUAACCAGUCAAAAUCGAAAAUCCAGAAAUUUAGGAAUGAUUUUGGAAAAAAGAAACUUAUGCAAUGCACAUAG